GCGGAGCAGAGACAUGCGGGUGAUGGAUCACAGAGAGAGUAUUCAGAUGUCUGUACAGCUGCACAGAAUUUAAUAGGUCUUCUGACCCAAAGCCUUGGUCAGAUUCAGUCAGCUCAGGGUCAGCAGCAGCAGCCACAACAACGACAGCAGCCUCCUGCUAUUUCUCAGCCUCGAAUAGAGCAGGAUAUGGCCAGGUUGCCGCAUCCACAUCUAAUUAUCUUAACAAUUGUCUUUUGAAUGUCUACUAUUAUAAUUAACAUUGUUUUAUUAUUUGUAGAUCUUUUCCUGGGAUGUUUAAAAAAAUCAAAGAAGAAAACUCCAAAUCCACAAAUACAUGUGAAAGCCACACCUUGGAAACCAUUUGCUGUUUCCAUAUAUUUAAUGAGCAGCAACACUGACACCUCACCCACACCUUCUGAAGAGCUUGAACUACUCCAGGCUGGACUAGGAAAACGGGUGAUUACAAUUUCAUCCAAUGUGAACCAUUCGGAUUUAUGCAAGCUCCUUGAAGCUGAAUUUCCAAAGAUGAAGUCCCUUACUGGAGGGUGGUUACUUUAUAAGGCACCAGGUGGGAAUGGAAGAAGAAAGCUUACUGUUGUUCCUCCAGACUCAGAGGGUUAUACAGGCAGCCUUCUCAAAAUGGCUACCACUGCUGGAAAAACAGCACUGUAUAUGGUCCCUCUUCAAGAUGAGUUAUGUCUUGAUCCACUGCCAUUCUCAGCAGAAGAGUUUGCGAAGAUGCCAAAGGUUGAGUGUCGUACUUGUAAAACCACAAUGCCACUACCAGUUUUGUACUUGCAUGUUAAAUCUUGUGGUGGCUGCACACAGUCCGCUAAUGAUGAGACUACUGAAGAUGAUGAUGAGGAUGUAAAAGUAGUUGGUGAGAUUACCAGAGCAGUUACCCCUACAGCCCCAGCUUCUAUACACACACCCACUACAUCAAUACAAACUUGUUCUCCUACACCCACCACAAGUUUUGAGGUGAGCUAAAUGAAAAUGCUGUGU